AUGAGCAGCAUCACCCAUAUUGUCAUCAUCGACAAUGGGGCGCAUUCCAUUAAAGCCGGCUUCAGCACUGAUAAGGCUCCAGUGUACAAUCAUUCCCAACUGUGUAACCAAGGUCAAGAGCGAACGACGGCGGCCGUUCAUCGGCGACCAGCUGGAGGAGUGCAAGGACUACUCGGGCCUCUUCUACAUUCUGCCCUUCAACANAUUGUCAUCAUCGACAAUGGGGCGCAUUCCAUUAAAGCCGGCUUCAGCACUGAUAAGGCUCCAGUAAUCAUUCCCAACUGUGUAACCAAGGUCAAGAGCGAACGACGGCGGCCGUUCAUCGGCGACCAGCUGGAGGAGUGCAAGGACUACUCGGGCCUCUUCUACAUUCUGCCCUUCAACAAGGGCUUUCUACUUAACUGGGAGGUGCAACGACAGGUCUGGGACUACCUCUUUCGGACCAAGCUGAAGCUGCCCACUGAUGGACGGAAUCGCUUCUCCCGCGUCGGCCUGCUCAUCACCGAGCCGGUGUACAACUUUGCGCCCAUUCGCAUGAACAUGAUCGAGUUUCUCUUUGAGGACUACGGCUUUGGCGAAAUACUCAUCUGCUCGGCGGCGCAGCUGGCUUACAUCAAUUUCAAGCGCGNUCAACAAGCACCGGGCUCUGAGGCGGCCUGUCUGGUCGUUGACUCGGGCUUCUCCUUCACCCACGUCGUUCCCUUUGUCGAGGGACAAAAGGUGCUCGCGCACACAAAGCGCAUUGAUGUAGGCGGAAAGGUGCUGACGAACCACCUGAAGGACAUCAUCUCCUACCGCCAACUGAAUGUCCUCGAUGAGACGUACGUGGUCAAUCAGAUGAAAGAGGACUGUUGCUUCGUCUCGACCUCUUUUUGGAAUGACCUGGAAAUUGCCGGUAGAAGAGGUCAAGUGAACAGCAUCGCUCGUGACUACGUCCUUCCCGAUUACAUCAAUUUUAAGCGCGGUUUUAUUUAUGAGAAAGAGAAGCAUAAGGACAUUUUUAACCCCAACGAACACCAGCGCAUUCGCAUGAACAAUGAGCGUUUUCAGGUGCCUGAGCUGCUCUUCAACCCUGGUGACGUGAACAUUGACCAGAUCGGCAUCUCCCACACCAUCGUCCACGCUGUAAGCGAGUUCAAUCCGCAGUUUGAGCUGAAGCAAACACAACAGGAGUCAGCAGAAGUUUCCGCAUCAGCACAGCAGACCUCCUCUUCUGCCACAAAUAACUCCACAGCAGCCUCAAGUACUCCGGGAAUCUCCACCGGGGCUGGAAGAACUAAUCUCAAAGACAUUGACACUGACGAAGAAGGGGAAGGUCUUGAAGACGAUGAGGAAGAGGUGGUGGUUGAGAAAAAGACAGAGGUAAAGAAACCACAACCCAAAGAGUCCUCACGCAGCAAAAAAUCAUCAAGAGGUGGAGCAUCAGCUAAAAAGUCGUCUGUGAUGACUAAUGGCAGUGCUUCAACUUCGACCGUACUCAACGGCCAUGGCAAAGCAGCAGCUGGUAAAGCAGAAGAGGUGGCGGACAAUGAUGAGACUGAAGAAGAAGAUGAUGAUGAUGACAGUGGAAAGUCAAAGGAAGAAGACGGCCAAGACCUGACCCUGUACCAGGAUGAAAAUGUUCAGUCGCACCUGUACAAUAACAUUCUGCUCAUCGGUGGGAACUGCGCCUUUCCCAACUUUGCCCAACGCGUCUACACGGACAUUCGCAGCAGUGUGCCCGAUCUGAUGAACACCCGAGUCCGACUGCCCGAGUCGCCGGCGACCUUUGCCUGGAAGGGCGGCAAGACGCUGUGCGCCGUUGAUGAGAAUGGCGAGCCG